CUUAACAACUGUCGUAUGUGAGAACUACGUAAAAACAAGUGUUUCGCAGUCUAAUUUGCUAAAACUCAGCUGAACUUGAAAUAACACGUAAUUAGCGUGCCAUUUGAACUCGAUAAAGCGAAGCCAAGUUACAAUUUGUGCAAAGUGAUAAAUCGUCUUUGAAGGGUCGCCAACACAACCGGACGCUAUUCCUCCGUUCCAAUUACUCGAAGCAUCAACAUGAAGAUCGAAUGGGCUCCAGCUGAUGUGCCGCUAGAUCGGCGUUUGCAAACUUUAGUCACUGGCAUCUUUACGUUAUUCUUCUUCAGCUUGCCUUUGACAUCAUUUGCGCUCGUGGCUUUAUUUCUGUUCUAUGGCGGCCUUGUGAUUCGCACCUUGGUUGUGAUCUAUACUGUUUACAUAGUCGUGGACCACAAACGCAAUUACUCAGCCUUGGAUGGCAAUGGCUUCAUGUGGAAUCGCACCAAUCCAUUGUAUAACGUAUAUCGCAAUUACUUUCCCGUUUCCUUGGUCAAGACUGCAGAUCUGCCACCAAAUAAGAAUUAUAUUAUCGCCAGCUUUCCACACGGCAUUCUUGGCACGGGCAUUUGCAUCAACAUGGGACUUGAAAUCAGCCACUGGCUGAAGCUGUUCCCUCAAGUGCGUCCAAAGGUGGGCACUCUUGAUCAGCACUUUGUGAUUCCUUUCCUAAGGGACUUGCUGCGCUGGUGGGGAUUGGUCUCCGUCUCGAAGGCCUCUUUAAAUUAUUAUCUCACCAAGUCUAAUGAUCCCAAGGAUCCCACCAAUCGCGAUGGUUUCACAUCGAAUGCUGUGGCCAUUCUUGUUGGUGGUGCUCAAGAGGCUCUCGAUUCCCAUCCUGGACAAUAUAUUAUUACACUGAAGAAUCGCAAAGGCUUUGUUAAAAUGGCCAUACGCACAGGCUCUGCCAUUGUGCCCAGCAUUUCGUUUGGCGAAGUGGACAUCUUCGACCAAGUGGACAAUCCGCCAGAUUCGUUGCUGCGUCGUCUGCAAACCUUGGUCAAGAAGAUAACCGGCAUUUCUCCCUUGAUUCCAGUGGGUCGAGGUUUCUUUAACUACACCUUUGGAUUUGUGCCCUAUCGCCGUCCUAUUGUCCAAGUUGUUGGAGCACCAAUCGAGGUGGUUCAGAGCGCCCAACCGGAUACUGACUAUGUGGAUAAAAUACAUGCCAAGGUUGUGGCAGCUGUGGAGCAACUAUUUGAGCAACAUAAGAAAAAGUAUACGGCAAAUGCAGCGAAAACAAAGUUGGUUAUAAAUUAAGCUGGACCUAUCAAAGUCAUUCAAGAGGAGCCACACUCGUUAUUUUGUUAGCAAAGUAAGACGGUCACACUUUUUUAUACACCAAAGUUGUUAGUUUUGAAGAGUGUUCAAGCAAAUGAGAAUAUUUAUAAAAACUUAGUUGUAAGCGGUUAGUAAUAAAAGUAAGCUGGUUAAUUUUAACGAAAGCGUAUGUUUUUUUUUAUUAUUAAUGUUAGUUUACCAAUUAAAUUUGUUACUUCGUACAUAAAUAUUAUAUACAAAAGGAAAAGGAGGAGUUGAAUUUCAUAUUGGAAAACUUAACUAUAUAUUUUGUUUUAGUUUUUGUUUUAAUGUUUUUCAAUUUUUGCGCUUGUGCCAUAUUCUUUCUUUCUUUCAUCUAUUUGGUUUUCAUUAUCUUUCAAUUGUAACUUGUCAUUAUUAUAUAUAUAAGUACUAGAAUUUUGGUUUAACAACUAUGUAUAUAAGGAAUUUUAAAAAUACAAUAUUACGCUACAAUAAAUUCAAUCGCAGAAUUUUUCGAGUAAGGUACAAUUACUUUUUUUUCUUUAUUUAGCAACAAAUCACCUUUCAUAAUGUAUUCUCUAAAGCAAUAAUUGUUUUGGGGGGACGAUAACAAAACUGAUAAAUAAGACCAAUAUAAAUGGUUGCCUAAUUAAUUGUAGUUGGCUCAAUAGAUUGUUAAAUCAUAAAUAUUAUCUACACAGAACUAAAGAAUUAGGAAAUUCUGAAGAAAGUACUUGUACAAUUUCAGAAAAGGAACACUUGGCAUAACUUGGAUUGGGAUUUUUAGGGUUAUACGAGUAAUGGACUCAUAGAUCGCUAUAGAAAAUGCAUUGCUGUUGAUCUUGUUGUGUGAUCUUUACUUUAGUAACAAUAUUAUUUUAUUUUGUGUUAGUACUUUAUGUCUGAAUAUAUAUUUUAAUCCGCU